UUUAGUUCCGGAGCUUUCCUGUCCCCGGCAGGCCGGCUCUCCGUCAGCUGCAAGAGAGUGAGUGUCUACCGGAGCUCCGAGGUGGGAGGCGGAGAGCCUGACUUCUUCCAGGGGUUAGAAUCCCUGCUGGGAGGGUGCAGAUGAGUGGGUAGACGGAGGGAGCACCCAUACCCACGGUGGAGGUGGGAAGCGCCUAGCAGCCCUUGUGGCUUAAGAAGGGCAAGCAUUAGUUUCCACUUAUACACAGGGAAUGGUGAGACCAGAUACACCAGGGCACGUAUCUGGAAGACCCCCACAGCCCACCCACCAAAAAAAAAAAAAACCCGUUGCGGUGGAGUCGAUACCGACUCAUAGCGACCCUAUAGAACAGAGUAAGGUUUCCAACGAGCUGCUGCUGGAUUCGAACUGCCGACCUUUUCAUUAGCGGCCUGAGCUCUUAACCACUGAGCCACCAGUGCUCCAUUUCGAAGACAAAAGGCGCUCAUUACAUGUCAGCCCUCUCCCUAUCUCCCCACGUGGGAGUCCCCUGCUUCCUGGGAAGAGGACCCUAAGGAUUCCUGUGCCCGCCCCGGAUCUUUGGAAGCAGUCUGGUCCACUCCUUCUGUGGCCUUUGAGUUCCUUCAGAACAGCCCGAGUCUCCCCAAUCCUGGGUGCAUGUGACAGAGCCCAUCCACCGCUCCGGAAUUUGUUGUGUCCGACCAGACCAAACCCACCGCCGUAAAAUGGAUUCUGACUUACUGCGACCCUAUAGGGCAGAGUAGAACUGCCCCCAUAGGGUUUCCAAGGCUGUAAAUCUUUGCGGAAGCAGACUGCCACAUCUUUCUCCCUCCGAGAGGCUGGUGGGUUCCAACAACCGAUCUUUCGGUUAGCAGCCUAGCGCUUUAACCACUGCGCCACCAGGGCUCCGUAGGAGAGUACAUUUCUAAGAGUUAAUUUUCGGUUGGCCACUGCGCCCUUUACCGGUGACAGCCUCGGUAACCCCAUGCGUCCUCAACCGGGUCCCCUGUCACUGCCUCUAUACCACCCAUUAUGUCCCUGAGCCCACCGUGACCCCUGCGCUCCGGUCCCUUCGCAGACCUAAGGCGGCGGCGGCGGCGGCGGCGGCGGCGAUGGCGAUGCUGUUGGGCACCGAGACCGCGGAAGCAGAGUGCGAGGACGCCGAGUUGCGGUGCCGCGUGGCGGUGGAGGAGCUGAGCCCCGGCGGGCAGCCGCGAAAGCGUCAGUCCCUGCGCACCGCGGAGCUGAGCCUGGGUCGCAACGAGCGCCGCGAGCUGAUGCUGCGGCUGCAGGCGCCGGGGCCUGCGGGGCGGCCGCGCUGCUUCCCCCUGCGCGCCGCGCGCCUCUUCACGCGCUUUGCCGCCGCCGGGCGCAGCGCGCUGCGUCUCCCUGCUGACGGCGCUCCCCGGCCAGGUGCCGGCGCUGUGCAGCUGUUGCUCUCCGACUGCCCCCCGGACCGCCUGCGCCGCUUCCUACGCACGCUGCGCCUCAAGCUGGCGGCGGCCCCAGGGCCCGGGCCGGUCUCCGCCCGAGCGCAGCUGCUUGGCCCGCGGCCCCGCGACUUUGUCACCAUCAGCCCCGUGCAGCCCGAGGAGCUACGGCGCGUGGCGGCCGCCCGGGCCCCGGACACCACGCUGGUGAAGUUGCCGGAGAAGCCCCGGACUGGGGCUGCACACAGCAAGGAAGCCCCAAGGUGGCCCCUGCCUGUGAAGAGGCUGAGCUUGCCCCCCACCAAGCCACGGCUUUCGGAGGAGCAGGCGGCUGUGCUGAGGGUCGUGCUCAAAGGACAGAGCAUUUUCUUCACUGGGAGCGCAGGGACAGGGAAGUCAUACCUGCUGAAGCGUAUCCUGGGCUCACUGCCCCCCAUGGGCACUGUGGCCACUGCUAGCACUGGGGUGGCAGCCUGUCACAUUGGAGGUACCACCCUCCAUGCCUUUGCAGGCAUCGGCUCAGGCAAGGCCCCCCUGGCCCAGUGUGUGGCCCUGGCCCAGCGCCCAGGUGUGCGGCAGGGCUGGCUGAACUGCCAGCGGCUGGUCAUUGACGAGAUCUCCAUGGUGGAGGCAGACCUAUUUGACAAGCUGGAAGCUGUGGCCAGAGCUGUCCGGCAGCAGGACGAGCCCUUUGGAGGGAUCCAGCUCAUUAUCUGUGGGGAUUUUCUACAACUGCCACCUGUGACCAAGGGCUCCCAGCCCCCGCAAUUCUGUUUCCAGGCCAAGAGCUGGAGGAAAUGCAUCCCAGUGAUCCUGGAGCUGACUGAGGUGUGGAGGCAGGCAGACCAGGCCUUCAUCUCUUUGCUGCAGGCUGUGAGGCUGGGCAGGUGGGCCCUGGUGGAAAGGGAGGGGACCACGAGAUACGAAUCCAAGAGUGGGUCAGAGCAGAGCCCUGGGAAGGGGGAGAAAUGCUUGUCCUCAGGGCACAGUCUGUACAGGCAGAGGGGCCUUAGGCAGGACAAGAGAAGGAUGGACAGACACAGGAAGAAUUCAGGUGUUAAUGCCCCAUUUUACAGAUGCAGAAACUGGGAUUCAAAGAGGUGCUCAGAUGAAGUGACCCGCCAACUCCGGGCUACAGCUGCCCACAAGGUGGGGCGGGAUGGGAUCGUGGCCACGAGGCUCUGCACCCACCAGGAUGAAGUGGCCCUCACCAAUGAGAGGUGGCUGCAGGAGCUACCAGGUGAGGUGCACAGCUUUGAGGCUAUGGACAGUGACCCGGAGCAGGCCCGGACCCUGGACGCCCAGUGUCCUGCUAGUCGGGUCCUUCAGCUAAAGCUAGGGGCCCAGGUGAUGCUGGUGAAGAACCUAGCGGUGUCUCGGGGCCUGGUGAACGGGGCCCGAGGGGUGGUUGUUGGGUUUGAGGCCGAGGGGAGAGGGCUGCCCCAAGUGAGAUUCCUGUGUGGAAUCACCGAGGUCAUCCGUGCUGACCGCUGGACAGUGCAGGCCACUGGAGGCCAGCUCCUCAGCCGGCAGCAGCUGCCCCUCCAGCUGGCCUGGGCAAUAUCCAUCCACAAGAGUCAGGGCAUGUCCCUGGAUUGUGUAGAGAUCUCUCUGGGCCGUGUGUUUGCCAGCGGCCAGGCCUAUGUGGCCCUUUCCCGGGCCCGCAGCCUACAGGGCCUGCGUGUGCUGGACUUUGACCCCAUGGUGGUAUGCUGUGACCCCCGCGUGCUGCGCUUCUAUGCUACCCUGAGGCGGGACAGCGGGCCCAGUCUGGAAUCCCCAAGUGAGGAUGAGGUAGCCUCAGACGAGAACAUGGACCCGAACCUCUGAGCGCAGCCCCAAAGAGAAGACAAAGAGUGUCUCCCCAUCCUCCUGCUCCCUGGUGGAGCAUGGUCCUAGAGGGCAACUGGGGGAAGGUGUCCAGUGUCCCUGUCUCCUUUCUUUAGGGGCUCUCAGGCCCCUGGCAGGGUUGAAGGCAGAGUGUUUCCCUCCACUUGCCAGCUGUCUGUUCCCCCCCUUUGCCCUGGGUGCAUGGCUUCCAGGACCAGGAAUAACCCUUUCUGUGCCAGCUGGGGAUGGGCCUAUGGUGGUACCUGGUGUCAGAGGACAAAGCUGUCUGCGAGGGCUGGCCAUAGGGCCACAGGGUUCUGAACGAUGUGCCCCUUGGGCUGCAGAGGGGAGAGGCAGCCCAAACAGGCGCUGGGAGCAUGAACAGGCCUCUCUAUGCAGGGGACCUGCGGAGGAGUCAGGCCAGGUGCAGGCCCAGACCAGAGAAUGGAGCUCAGGGGUGUCUCUCCAGCUCAGCCCAGCCCAGCAUAGCUCAGGCAAGCACCUCCUGGGCCUAACCUAAGUACGUACACUACAAAUGUGUGCCCAUAUUUUAAGCUGCUUUUUGGGGAAAGGGAAUAUUUGGGGGCAUUGAAAUGGAUGCUUUCAGGUUGUAUUUAUUUGGGACAAAUAAACUUGUGAAUUGUGUAAGAA